GAAGAACUUAUUUGUUUACAAGUUGACUUUAGUGAAAACUUUCGAUUAGGAAAUCAAGAUGCUGUACAAAAUUCGUUUUAUUCACAAGAUGCUGUUUCAUUAUUUACAUCACACAUUUGGUAUUCAGAUGGUGGUCAAUCAUGUGUUUGUGGUUCAAAUAAUUUGACACAUGAUAAAUAUUGCAUUAGUGCAUCACUUGAUAAUUUAUUUAGUCAAUUGAAACAACAAUUUCAACAUUUAAAAGAAACUAAUGUUUUUUCUGAUGGAGCCACCCAACAUUUUAAAUAG